AUGGAAGACUUCGUGCUGCAGAGUGAAGAAACUUUCACGGGUAACUCUCUUCUAGGGCUAGGACUUCAACCCAGGACCCAAGUGCAGGCAGCAACCCUCCCCAAACCCAAGCUCUGGGCUGUGCCAGGAUCUGUGAUAGCACGGGGGGAGCCUGUGAGCCUCUGGUGUGUGGGCUCUCUGGGAGCCCAGGAAUAUGGUCUGUACAAAGAAGGAAGCCAAGUGCCGUGGACAAGAAAAACAUCACUGGAACUCAGGGACACAGCCAAGUUCUCCAUCCCAUCCGUGACAGAGCAGCAUGCAGGGCAGCAUCGCUGUUACUACCCAACCCCUGCUGGCUCGUCAGUGUUGAGUGACCCACUGGAACUCGUGGUAACAGGAGUCUACAGAAAACCCCGCUUCUCAGCCCUGACCAGCCCUGUGGUGACCCCAGGAGGAAAUGUCACCCUCCAGUGUGGGUCAGAGUUGAGAUUUGACAGGUUCAUCCUGACUAAGGAAGGAGGGGACAAGCUUUCCUGGACACUGAAGUCACAGCAAGACCCCAGUGGGCAGGUCCAGGCCCAGCUCCGUGUGGGCCCUGUGAGCCCCAGGCAGAGAUGGACGUUCAGGUGCUACGGCUACUACUGGAGCCAGCCCCAGCUGUGGUCAGAGCCCAGUGAAGCCCUGGAGCUCCUGUUCUCACCGACCACCCCAAAACCCAAGCUCAAGGCUCAGCCUGGCUCUGUGAUACCCUGGGGGAGUCCUGUGACGCUGUGGUGUGAGGGGACCCUGGAGGCCCUGGAAUACCAUCUGUACAGAGAGGGCAGCCCCCCACUCUCAGACAUACAGAUGUCUCCUGAGCCCAGGAACAAGGCCAACUUCUCCAUCUCAUCCAUGACAGAAGAUGAUACAGGGCAGUAUCGCUGUUACUAUCACAGCUCUCCUGGCUGGUCACAGCACAGUGAACCCCUAGAGCUGGCGAUGACAGGGCUCUACAGCAAGCCCAGCCUCUCAGCCCUGCCUGGUCCUGUGGUGACUUCAGGAUGUAAUGUCACCCUCCAGUGUAAGUCACAGCUGGAUUUUGACAGGUUCGUUCUGUCUAUGGAAGGACGAGAUGAGCUCUUGACACUGAAAUCAGAGCAAGACCCCAGAGGGAAGUUCCAGGCCUUGUUCCAAGUCGGACCAGUGAUCCCCAGGCAGAGGUGGAUAUUCAGGUGCUAUGGCUGUUACAGUCGAAAACCCCAGAUGUGGUCAGAACCUAGUGCUGCCGUGGAGCUUCUAGUCUCAGCUCCAGCCUCACAGCCUCAUGAUUACACCAUGGAGAAUCUCAUCCGGAUGGGCCUGGCUGGCCUGGUGUUGGUGGUCCUUGGGAUUCUGCUUUUCUAUACUCACCGUGGUCAGAGAGGGACCAAGAGGCAGCCAGAAGAUGAACACAAAAACUAGCGAUCAGUGCUUACCAUAACCUGCAUGGGGCAUGUCAGUGUACUCUCCCAGGCAAUGUGGCACACAGAUGCAAAACAAAGAACCAGAGAGAAAGUGCUGCAGUUGAGAAGCUCUGGGAUGGUCCAAUAUCCUCUAUGGGACAAAGGCCUUAUGUCCAAAAGCUCAUGGAAUGUUUGGCAUGGAAAGGAAUGUGGCUGUGGGUUGUGGCAGAGUGCUUUGGAACACAAAGUGUGCAGGCAUGGCUAGAAGGAGAAACAGAGAAAUUUUGAGCCAGGCAUCAGGUCUCAAAUGAUCAACAUAGGGAUUGUCUGGUGUGUGCAAGGCAGGCAACUCUACUGUCAGGAAAUUAUAAUUAUUUCUGAGUCCCUAGGUCUCUGCGGAGAUGUUACCUUAUGUCUUAGGCCUGGAAUCUCACAGGCACUUUCUCAAGCCUCCAUUCCCACCAUCAACACAGAGGCUGCUCUCACCCACAUGGUGCUGCUUUGCAGUUAUUGCUGUCUCAGACAAACUCAGUAACAUUCUUUAGGUGACUAAGGGAACAUCUGUUUCAAGAUAGUC